GUGCUGCCCGGUGGGGAACCUGCGAAGCGACCUACCGCCGUGGACCAAAUUCUUGACGACUUGUGCGCUUACAAGCUCCGCCGUCGGGAGCCAUUCUUAGCUAUCGGAGGCGGUUGUUUGUUAGACAUUGCCGGUAUGGCAGCUUGUCUCUACAGACGUGGUGUCCCCUUCGUUCGGGUCCCUACCACACUGCUGUCUAUUGUGGACGCUAGCGUAGGAGUGAAAAAUGGUGUCGACUUUUGCUGCCGUGCGACCGACGAGACGUACAAAAACAGAAUUGGAUCGUUCUAUGCACCCUCGUCCUGUUUAUUGGAUCCGGCCUUCAUUGCUUCUCAAGAUAAACGCAACAUUUGCAAUGGCUUUGGCGAAAUCGUCAAGCUAGCCCUCGUUCGUAGCGUCGAUUUGUUUGAAUUGCUAGAAACCCAUGGUGCCGCUUUGGUCGAAUCUAGGUUUCAAGUCACAGACAACAUACCCGCUAACGUUGGUACCCGAAUUAUCGAUUUGUCCAUUCAAAUCAUGCUGGAAGAACUCGGUCCCAAUCUUUGGGAGACUACACUAGAACGCUGUGUUGACUACGGGCACACCUUUUCCAAGCUACUUGAAAUGGUCCCCGGUGCAGAUAUUAUGCACGGUGAAGCCGUCAACGUAGACGGUUUUUUCUGUUGCAUUUUGAGCUAUUUACGUGGCUACAUUCCCCGUGAAACAGUCCAGCGCGUGCUGAAUUGUAUGCAAAGUUUGGCUUUGCCGACCCAUUCGGCUGAUCUGAAUCCGACUUUGGCCUGGCAGAGCUGCAAAGAUGCGGUAGAGCACCGUCAUGGAGAACAGCGUAUUCCAUUGAUUACAGAAAUUGGAGAAAGUAUCUGUGUCAGUGAUAUAACGCAAGAAGAACUAAGUCGGGCUCUGGACGUAUGGAAGGAGUUUGAGCCGUAG